GGUUUAGGUUCGCAAACUUCAGUUGUUGCUCAUCUCUCAGCUGAGCUACAUGUUGUAGUUCUCUGGGCCUCAAUUUGUUUAAACAUCGCCACAGCCAAGUAGUUGACUGACUGGUAGAAUUGAGCCAGCCCUCAUCAGUCGGUGCCUGACUGGACCCAGAAAUGGGAUGCCAAGCCUCCAUAGCGAGUGCGUCUCUGAGCUGCUGCUGUGACAGCGAGUGAUCAAGCUGCCAGAGGAUGUCCACUACUACAGCGGUUGCCCCCACGGGGAUCCCGGCAGCCCCGGGCCCUGUGAACCCUCCCCCACCCGAGGUCUCCAACCCCAGCAAACCUGGCCGAAAGACUAACCAGCUGCAGUACAUGCAGAAUGUGGUGGUGAAGACACUCUGGAAACAUCAGUUCGCCUGGCCGUUCUACCAGCCUGUGGACGCAAUCAAGUUGAACCUGCCUGAUUAUCAUAAAAUAAUAAAAAACCCAAUGGACAUGGGGACUAUCAAGAAGAGACUAGAGAAUAAUUAUUAUUGGAGUGCCAGUGAGUGUAUGCAGGACUUCAACACCAUGUUUACAAACUGUUAUAUUUAUAACAAGCCCACAGAUGACAUAGUGCUAAUGGCCCAGGCCCUAGAGAAAAUCUUUCUGCAGAAAGUAGCCCAGAUGCCCCAGGAGGAAGUUGAACUAUUGCCCCCUGCUCCAAAGGGCAAAGGCCGGAAACCAGCUGCAGCAGCCCAGAAUGCAGGUACACAACAGGUGGCAGCUGUAUCCUCGGUCUCCCCAGCAACCCCCUUCCAGAACAUACCCCCAACUGUAUCCCAGACACCCGUCAUUGCUGCCACCCCUGUACCAACUAUUACUGCAAACGUCACAUCGGUUCCCGUCCCCCCAGCUGCUGCACCGCCUCCUCCUGCGACACCCAUUGUCCCUGUGGUCCCUCCCACACCGCCUGUAGUCAAGAAAAAGGGUGUGAAGCGGAAAGCGGACACAACCACACCUACGACAUCUGCCAUCACUGCCAGCCGGAGCGAGUCUCCCCCGUCACUUUCAGAGCCCAAGCAGGCCAAGGUGGUGGCCCGAAGGGAGAGUGGGGGCCGCCCCAUCAAACCUCCCAAGAAGGACCUGGAAGAUGGUGAGGUCCCACAGCAUGCGGGUAAAAAGGGGAAGUUGUCUGAGCACCUGCGGCACUGUGACAGCAUCCUCCGGGAGAUGCUGUCCAAGAAGCAUGCUGCCUAUGCGUGGCCCUUCUACAAGCCAGUUGACGCUGAGGCACUGGAACUGCAUGACUACCAUGACAUCAUCAAGCAUCCCAUGGACCUCAGCACAGUCAAAAGGAAAAUGGACAGUCGCGAGUACCCAGAUGCACAGGGCUUCGCUGCUGAUAUCCGGUUAAUGUUCUCGAAUUGUUAUAAGUACAACCCUCCAGACCACGAAGUGGUGGCCAUGGCCAGAAAGCUCCAGGAUGUGUUUGAGAUGAGAUUUGCCAAGAUGCCUGAUGAGCCUAUGGAGGCACCUGCACUGCCCGCUCCUACAGCCCCUAUAGUGAGCAAAGGUGCUGAGAGCAGUCGUAGUAGCGAGGAGAGCUCUUCAGACUCAGGCAGCUCAGACUCAGAGGAGGAGCGAGCCACUCGGCUGGCAGAGCUGCAGGAGCAGACUGGCUGCGGAACCUUCCAGGAUCAGCUGUUGAAUGUCUCCUCUGUGCAGCUGAAGGCCGUGCAUGAACAGCUGGCCGCCUUGUCUCAGGCCCCAGUGAACAAACCAAAGAAGAAAAAGGAGAAGAAGGAGAAGGAGAAGAAGAAGAAAGACAAGGACAAAGACAAAGAGAAGGAGAAGCACAAGGCCAAGUCCGAGGAGGAGAAGAAGGCCAAGGCCGCCCCACCAGCCAAACAGGCCCAGCAGAAGAAGGCUCCCACCAAGAAGGCCAAUAGCACAACCACAGCCAGCAGACAGCUAAAGAAGGGUGGCAAGCAGGCAUCUGCAUCCUAUGACUCAGAGGAAGAGGAGGAGGGCCUGCCCAUGAGCUAUGAUGAAAAGCGUCAACUCAGCCUGGACAUCAACCGGUUGCCUGGCGAGAAGCUAGGCCGUGUGGUGCACAUCAUCCAGUCCCGGGAGCCCUCGCUCAGGGACUCAAACCCAGAUGAGAUUGAAAUUGACUUUGAGACCCUGAAACCAACCACGCUACGGGAACUGGAGAGAUAUGUCAAGUCUUGUUUACAGAAAAAGCAGAGGAAACCAUUGUCAACAAGUGGGAAGAAGCAGGCAGCCAAAUCGAAAGAGGAGCUAGCUCAGGAGAAGAAAAAGGAGCUGGAGAAGCGGCUACAGGAUGUCAGUGGACAACUGAACAGCAAGAAACCCACUAAGAAAGAGAAGUCCAGCUCAGCGCCCUCGGGAGGCCCAUCAAGGCUCAGCAGUAGCAGCUCCUCUGAGUCUGCGAGCAGCAGCUCCAGUGGGUCCAGCUCCGACAGCAGUGACUCAGAGUGAACUUGGACUGGAACAGAGCUGGACAGAUGGACGUGGCACACGCCGACUGCAGUGUCCCCUCCUAUGGUUAAUAUACUUUCGUUCCAUGGUGUGCAGGUUUUCUUUUACUUCAGUGUUAUGAUCUCUUCCAGCUGUGCUCCGGUAGGGCGGAGAGCCUCGCACGUGCACCAGACCCCAAGAGAGGGCCGAGCUCUGCGGGAAAUGCCUUUGCAGCUUGGUUUAGUUGUUUGGAGACUGCGGCCUGGGAUGCUAACCUGAUAACCAUAGACACAGUGGGAGGUGUGGCUGGACCUGCCCAAUACCUCUUCAGGCCCAGCCUCGCCCUUAGUAACUUGAAGGAAGCCUUCAAGGGUUUUGGUCUAGAAUGGGUUCUGUGUUUGAAAGCUGUUAGAACACUAACCAGCAGGUUACUUCUCUCUGCAGGGGCUGAGGACAGAUGUGUCAGCCCACGGAAACCAGGCUGGGCCCCAGCAGAGGGUCCUCGUAGCUGCAGACCAGAGCCUCCCACCUCUGGGUUGGGUGUGGAGGAAGAGGGGUGCUGAGUUCUCUGGCCCUAUGGCUGUGCAGCGUGCAGGUUUCAGGACACCGAAACUUUUACCUCAACUUAAGGAAAUAAAAACAAAACAAAAAAAGAUUAAAAAAAAAAAAACAAAAUGCAAAACAAUAACAAAAAAACUUUUUUGUAAGUUCAUCCAUUUUCUACAGAAGUCCAGUCCAGCGUGCCCCACUUUGCUAGCGCUGCCUGGCUGCCGCCACCUCACACUCUGAACCACCUCCCCAGUUUUAUGUAUAUAUAAAUACUUUAUUUAUUAACAUCAUUGGUCAUUUUUAAAAAAAAAGGAAAAAAAAGAAAAGAAAAAAACCAUAAAUAAGUGCAUUAAGAGAAGUAGUGGAGAUACAGGCCUCUGGCGAGGAGACUGGACCCGUGGUGAGAUACGGUCCUGUGGCGGCCAGCCCUUCUGGUGCUCAUCACGUCUGGGCUCUCUGGGUGUUUUUGUUUGUUUGUUUGUUUUGUUUUAGAUGAAGUUUGGGGAUUUUACAAAUGUAGACACCCUUCGGCUGCAGCACAUUCUCAUUUUAUGUUGUCUGUUCAGUUCUUUCUUACUAACAUCAACGGAGGGAACCUCGGUUCUUCAACACAAGCUUUGUAAGCUGAGAGAAAAACGAUGUAUAUCAGGCCAAGUCCUUGACAUUUAAUUUUCUAUUGUAAAAAGUAAUAAUAUACAGAGUUUAACAGAAAGUUCUGAUCGGUUUGUUGUUGUUGAGGCUGCCAAAUGAUUUUGGAAUUCAGGGUCAGUCUGGAUUAGCUCUGAGCAUUGUGGCCUCAACCAGGAGCACAUGGGCCAAUCUCCCAGGCCUGUAAGUACCUGCCUCUCCAGCCUGCAGAGGCUCUUCCUGACCUCUCCCCUUUUGACAGGGGCAAAGGUGAGCCUGAUGAUCGCAGGGGUCCCUGUUCAAGAAUUUCCAGUUAGCCCUGAAAACUGAUUCUCCCGGCCCCACCUCAGAGAGCCAAGUGCAGAGCCUUGUGUUGUAUGGUUUCACUUGUGGUGGGGGCUCUGCAGUUUCUUCCUUUGCUUCUAGGCAGAGCCAGGGACUCACCCGUAACAUCCCACAUGGGAGAAGUUAAAGGCAGUCCCACUAGCCCGUGAAUGUGGGCAGGCAGUGGGCAUCAAGCUCGGGAAGUGGCUGGCUGGCUACCAUGUCUAGACGCCUGGUGAGUUAUCAGUCAGUUUGUUAAACUUGUAAGCCAGUUUUGUUUAUAAUAAAAUAUAAGUGGAUUUUAAGGUUCCAUUUUUUUAAAGUUACCCUUGUUUUUCAAAGGUAUUUUUUAAACAGAUCUUUAAUAGAAUAUUUAAGCUGUGACUAAGAAAUAAACAUGAGGAAAUUGACAGGCCUUCACAUGGGGUCUCAGUGGUGGCCUACCAUGACAGCCUAGCCAGCAUGCCUGGGCAAGGCACAGUGCCUGGGCUGCAUAGAGUGCCUCCGUGAGCUGUUAGGCAAGCAGAGUCCGGCUCUGGAGUGGCAUCCCAGCAGCGGGGCAGUGGUGUAGAGCUGGUUGCACAGGAUGGAGGGUCUGGCAUUUCCACGACUGUGGUCCCUACUGAGCAGCUUCUGUCAUUGGUGCUUUUAACUUUUUAUUUUUUUUUUUUUAAGCUUUCUGUCCAGACUUAAAACUGUUUUGUCUCCAGAGUUUUGGAGGACAUUGGUUCCCACAAUGCCAGGCUGCAGGGUAACUGCCAUUCCCUUCUUCUGAGUUACAAAGGCUACAUGGACUUAGAUUGUCCUGUACAGCAGUGGAGGGCAGCUGUCCUGACCUCCUUGAGGAUUACAUGCAGGGGUGGGGUAGGCACUUGGCAGAGUCUUGGGGGCCGAGGGGUCAGACCUCCUCAGGCUGUGUAACUUAGCUUGCUUACAGACUGGAGACAUUUUUUCUGUGGUUUUCUUGGUUUUUCCUUUUGCAGCUGUCACACCUUUUCCAGUCAUUUGGGAAACAAACCCACUGUUAAAGCUUCGUCAUCCUGUUUAUCAUUGUCCCUGCUGCUGGCAUAACACUUCCAGAAGCUUUUCUUUUUUAUAUAUAUAUUUAAAAUGUUUCUUUUCUGUAUGAUGUGCAUGCAAGUUUACCGUAACUUUUCUUAAACUUUUUAGUGCCGUUUCUAGUAUAUUCCUGUAAAUGUCAGUUACUGAAAAUGAGUCCAUUGUAAGUAGUUUUAGCUUGUUUUUUGCAAUGCCGGCCUCAACACCACAGAGUUAAAAAAACGGUAGGAAGUACUCUGGUGUCUCUGGUAAUCAUGAACCUUUCUCCUGGGGUGUUUGUUUUGUUUUCAUAAUAAAAAGAAGGGGGAAAAAGGCUA